GGGGCGGCGAGGCGAGAGCGGCUGCUCCGGCUGAAGCCCUCGGCCCCGGGUCAGCAGGCCACCGUGUCCGUGCGCGCCGGGGGAUCUCAGCUCCCGGGAGUCCCGAGAGGGCGGAGGAGCUGAGAGCAGCUGGCAGCUGCCAUGGGCUCCCUGGGCAGAGCAGCUCUUGUGCGGAUACCCCUGGUGAGAUGGGCUAGUGGCGUGUCCCAUGGCUACCGGCACUCUGGCCCGAGCCCCCCACCCACAGCUCCUGAGCCCGAGCUGGAGCUGCUGGGUCGCUCGUACCCUCGGGAUGGGCUCAGCAACGUGACGCGUCGGGUGCUGGCGUGUGUGGGCCGGAGACUGCACCAGCAGCCGCACCACCCCUUGUGCCUGCUGAAGGAGCGCGUUAAGGCUCACUUCGACCGGCACCACCUGGUCCGUGCUGGCGCCCCACGUUUCUCCCUGCACGACGACCUCAGCCCCGUGGUCACGCCCUGGCAGAACUUCGACAGCCUCCUGGUGCCCUGCGACCACCCCAGCCGCCAGCCGGGCCACAGCUACUACCUGAACUCGGCCCACAUGCUGCGGGCCCACACGUCCGCGCACCAGUGGGACCUGCUGCGGGCAGGCCUGGACGCCUUCCUGGUGGCCGGGGACGUGUACCGACGUGACCAGAUCGACUCUCACCACUACCCCGUAUUCCACCAGCUCGAGGGCGUGCGGCUCUUCUCCCGGCACCAGCUGUUUGCGGGAGUCCAGGACGGGGAGAGCCUGCAGCUCUUUGAGCAAAGUGUCCGGUCAGCCCAGAAGCAGGAGACACACACCAUGGAGGCCGCCAAGCUCGUGGAGUUCGACCUGAAGCAGACGCUCACCCAGUUGGUAGCCUACCUCUUUGGAGACGCACUGGACGUCAGGUGGGUGGACUGCUACUUCCCCUUCACGCACCCCUCCUUCGAGAUGGAGAUCAACUUUCACGGGCAGUGGCUGGAAGUCCUGGGCUGCGGCGUGAUGGAGCAGCGGCUGGUCGACUCAGCCGGCGCACAGGACCGGAUUGGCUGGGCCUUUGGCCUGGGGUUGGAGCGGCUGGCCAUGAUCCUCUAUGACAUCCCUGACAUCCGCCUCUUCUGGAGCCAGGACGAGCGUUUUCUGAAACAGUUCCGGGUGUCCCACAUGGACCAGGUGGUGAAGUUCCAGCCCCUUAGCAAGUACCCGGCCCUGGUCAAUGACAUCUCUUUCUGGCUGCCUGUGGACGGUUACUCCGAGAAUGACUUCUACGACCUGGUACGAGGCAUCGGGGGUGACCUGGUAGAGAAAGUCGACUUGAUUGACACCUUCCAGCACCCAAAGACGCACAGGACCAGCCACUGCUACCGGAUCACCUACCGCCACAUGGAGCGGACGCUGACGCAGCAGGAGGCCGGCCGUGUGCACCGCGCCCUGCAGGAGGCGGCCGAGCGGGUGCUGGGCGUGCAGGGCCGCUUCUGACUUCGAACUCAUGCAGGCACCCACAUGCGUGUCUGCCUGGGCCUUCCUGCCAUGCUCGUUGCCACGGGGCUUACAGCACUUACCUGUGUG